UUGCAAAACGUCAAAAGGCGGCAACAAAAACGCGAGCCGGCGGUUUUUCGCAAACAUCGGUGAAAAUUUUAAUAUUUCAUGAAAUAAACCCAGUAUUUUCCCUUUAAUUUAGUGAAAAAGUGCUCGCAUCGUCAAAUUAAACCCGUCGCGCGUGUUUCUCCCCCCAAAAAGUGCCCGCUAUCCGUCGCGUCCCGCGCCCGUGUGCCAUAACUCGGAAAUUUUUUCUAGAUUUCAGCAAGUUCUGUUUUCUCCGCGGAACGAUGACAACCCGUGCCCGGCGGGCCGCAACGCGCGCCCCCAUCGUCAUCGACUCGGGCUCCAGCUCGGAGGACGAAGCGAGCGACCCGGAGGGCAUCUUCGCGAGUCCGGACGUGAAGCCCCGGAAGGGGGCGAAGAAGAAGGCGGUGGCGCCGCGGAAGCGGGGCACCUCCGCCGGAAGUGACGACGAUGUCGACUUUGGCGCGAAGGAGAAGAAAAGUCCGGUGAAGAGAAAGGCGCCGGCCAAGGCCGCCGGAAGUCCGGCCAAGAAGAAGGUCAAGGCGGAACCGAAGCCGAAGGCGCCGAGGAAGCCUCGGGAACCGAAGGCUCCAAAGGAGCCAAAGGCGCCGAAAGCGCCAAGGGCGACGGCGGCCAAGAGGGGGAGGAAAAAGGUAGAGGCGGAAGUGGUUCCGGAAGAGGAGAAGGGGGAGGAGGAGGAGGUGAAACCGGAAGUUGAGGAUGUUCCCAAGGAGGAGUCGAUGGAAACGGAGGAGGUAAAGGAGGAAAAGUUGGAAGAAUCGGUUGUUGAGUUGGAUGAAACAAUUGAGGAAGUUCCGGAGGUGAAACCGGAACCGGUUAAGGAGGAACCGAAGAAGGAAGAGCCCAAACAGGUGGAGGAGGUCGACACUCGUCGCAAGUACAAGAAGCGGGUCAGCAUGACCGUGCGCGAGCAGUGGGACGACUACGAACUGCUCGCCGAGAUGCAAAAUCUUGACCAGAAAACAGCUCGGACCAUAAUCCGGCUGUUCGAGGAGGAAAACACGAUCCCGUUCAUCUGUCGCUACCGGCGUGAGCUCAUCGGGAACAUGACUCCGGACGAGCUGCGCGACGUCAAGCUGGCCUACAACCAGAUCCAGUCGAUCAAGCUGAAGGCGGACACAAUCAUCAAGAAUCUCGCCAAGGAGGAAAAGUUAACCGAGGACAUCAAACAGGACCUGCUCAGCGCCAAAACCGUCGACGAGCUGGACCACAUGUACGCUCCGUUCAAACCGGCCAACAAGGGUUCCCUCGCGGACCGCGCCAAGGCCCUCGGCCUCGACACCUUCGCCGAAGGCAUCCUCAUCGGCAGCCUCCCCGCAAUCGACCUCCCCGACCUCGUCAAACCCGACGUCGAAGGCCUGGAAACCGUCGAAAAGGUCGAAGAAGGCAUCAAACAUCUGAUGGCGCACAACUUUGCCAAAAACACGGCCGUCCUCGAGGAAAUCCGCCGCCUAAUCGCCAAGUACGACAUCACCCUGACCUCCGCCCAAGCCCCGAAAUCCCGCACCAAAGAGUCCAACAACAACAAGGGCGGCGCCCAAUCGUCAACCUCCCAAAUCGGCGAGUUCGGCGUCAUCAAGGGCAACAUCGCCAGCCUCGGACGCAUCCCGAAGAAGGUCGACGAGCACAAGUACGAGAAUUACUUUAACUUUACGUGCGCCACCAAGUACCUGAGGCCGCACCAGAUUCUGGCGAUGAACCGCGGCGAGACGCAGAAGGUGCUGCAGGUGAAGCUGCAGUUUCGGGACAACGUGAAGGGGGAUUUGUACUGGUUUUUGAAGCGGGAGUACCUGCAGGAGGGGGAGCACUCGAGGAAGCGGACGGAGUUGUUCGAGACGUCGUUUGAUGAGGCGUUUACGAAGAAGUUGGUCCCCCUGAUGACCCGCACCGUCCGCUCGGACCUCACAAAGCGCGCCGAAAAGGCCUCCGUCGAGGUGUUUGCCAACAAUCUGAAGCAGCUGCUCCUGACCGCUCCCGUCAAGGGCGAAAAGAUUCUCGGAAUCGAUCCGGGCUUUGCAAACGGAUGUAAACUGGCGCUGAUUUCCGAGUGCGGCGAGCUGCUCGAUACGGCCACCGUUUAUCCGCACAUUGGAGGGGAACGGUCCAAGGUGGCACCGGGGAUCAUUUCGAACCUGAUGCGGAAGCACGAGUGUGGGUUGAUUGCCCUGGGGAAUGGGACGGCCUGUCGGGAGACUGAGUCGAUGCUGUCGUACAUGAUGGACGAGGGGAUUCUGGAUAAGCGACAGGUGCGGUACUGCGUCGUGCCGGAGCAGGGUGCGUCGAUCUAUUCGUGCUCGGAGGUGGCCAAGAAGGAGUUUCCCAAGAUGGACGUGAAUUUGAUUAGUGCUGUUUCCAUCGCGCGCCGCCUCCAGGACCCCCUCUGCGAGUACGUCAAGAUCGAACCACGCCACCUCGGCGUCGGCAUGUACCAGCACGACAUCAACGACAAGGUCCUAUCGGAAACGCUGGACGAGGUCGUCACCGAGUGCGUAUCGUUCGUCGGCGUGGACAUCAACACCGCCUCGGUCAGCUUGCUUAGCCGAGUCGCCGGACUGACGGCAAAACGGGCCGAACACAUCGUAAGCCACCGGACCAAGCACGGCCCGUUCCGGAGUCGCGAGCAGCUGCUCAAGGUGAAGUACGUCGGGGACAAGACGUUCACGCAGUGCGCCGGCUUCAUCCGGAUUGAACCGUUGACGGCCGGGAUUCGCGAGUACAAUCUGCUCGACUCGACCUGGGUCCAUCCGGAGAGUUACGAGCUGGCCGAGGCGGUCAUCGAGAAGACUGGCCUCUCAAACAAGGACAUUGGCCGCGCGGAUUUCAUCCUGAGGGUGCGCGAGUUCGCCUUCCGCACCAACAACGACGCCCUCGUCCGGAUGUUCAACGUGCCGUUCGAGCGGAUCGACUGCGUGCUGUCGGCGCUCCAGCGGGAACUCCUGCGCGAUUACCGAUCGGACCUGAACAAACCGCCGAUGUUCAAGCAGGGCGUCACCUCGAUGGCGGACCUGGCGGAGGGAACCGUCCUGACCGGAGCCGUCAACAACGUGACCGAUUUCGGGGCGUUCGUGGACAUUGGCGUUGAGACGAACGGGUUGAUCCACCGCAGCAAGAUGAACGGCAAGCGGGUCAACAUUGGCGACCAGGUUGAGGUGACCGUCCUGUCGGUGGACCUGGGCAAGCGAAGGCUCGGACUGCGGCUGGAGAAGAUAUUGUAGAGUGUGGAGGAGAGAGAGUGAUGUACAAACAAAAGCACGACGUUGGAUUAAGAAGCAUUUUGACUUUACUCAUAAACCAGAUUUGGCAAACGAGACGGGCGUCGUCUCGUUCAAUACUCGUUUCUCCGUUAAGGAAGAAGCAAAAAAA